AUGCUCUCCGAUUCGACGGUCACUCCUCUCCCAAGGAAUAUGUCGGCACGAAAAACCAAAGCCACAGCCGAAGAGAGAAGGAAACAAAAAGAAAAACGAGAUCUACAAGCGGCAAAGGAAUUGUCGCGAUUGGCUUCUCUCAAAUUGACAAAAAAGCAAAUAGAUAAAUUGAUCAAAACUGAGCCAAUCGACGAGGAGUACGAUGCCGCUGUGCAGCAGCCAUCGACUUCUGCUGCAUCUUUUUCAUUUCGACAAAUAAAACAAGAAGAUUCAUCUGAUGACGAUUCGAAGCCGUCGACCUCUGCAACAGCAGGAUCUCGCAAAAUCAAAAAGGAAGAUGGCCCAAAACAACUCGUUCGCUUCAAGACAGGGCAGCCUACAAAAAAUAAAGUAGUGAAGAAGGAAAUCGAAUUCGAUUCUGACACUAGUGACUCCUCCCCCGUAGAUUAUGACGUAGACUUCAAACCGGACUAUAAAACGAAAUACCGUCUGAAAUCUAUGAAGAAAUACAAAAAAAACAUCGAAGAAGGCAAGGCAUGCCGGGGAAGACCACCAGGUCGCAGCCGCAGUCUUACUGUGCGUAGUUCGACAAACUCGGCGGCAGGUCCAUCAACGUCUGAUGGGACCCCCAGGCAGAGGAAAGAAACACAGAAAAAGGCUCAGACUCCCAAGACGGUUUCCAGAAAGACUCCAAGAUUCAAUGGAGAUAAUGGAGCUCCGAAGCCGAUCAAAGUUGCCGAAAUUGCUCCAUCUCCUCCCAAAAAAAAAGGAAGACUGCCAAGUGGUCCGACUGUCCACCGUCCUCAAAAUUCAGAUGACUCGGCAGGUCCUCGAAAUUCCAACCAUGGAGAGUCGAAGCGGAUGGAAGAUGCCAAAAUUGAUCCAUCUCAACUCAAAAAAAGAGGAAGACUCCCAAAAGAUGCUGAGCCCAAACCGAUGGAAGAUGCCAAAGCUCCUCCAAAACGACCGGGAAGACCACCGAAAAGUUCCCAAUGUUCUUCAAACGGUCCAGGUCCAAGUUCUUCAGAAAAUCCUGCACGUUCCACGCAAAGACGAGGAAGGCUACCAAGGAACCAGAGAGUCCGUCUCUCACCAAGUUUUGAUGACUCUGCAGAUUCUGGAGACGUGACAAGACGUCCUGUGACAGAGAGACAGAUAGACAAUGAUGUCGCUGGUCCGUCAGACAACUUUGCUCGUUCAACACCAAGACGAGCAACAGCUCGCAGAUCUCAGAGUUCAAAAAGCUCUGCAGAUUGUGCAGACGAUAAACCAUCAACAUCAGAUGGACAGAUGGACAUGACUGGCUCAUCUGGCAGCAUCCCUGCUCCGUCAAUCGUGAAAAAAAAAAAGAAGGCAUCGAAGCGAAGAUGCGACGUUUUGCUCCUUUUGGAUGCCUUGCCACCAUAUAUGCUGGAUGACUGCUUGGCAGAGCUCAUAAUAAUGGAGACGGAGGAAGAAAAAGAAGAACUGCUGAUGAAGAAGAAGAAGAAUGUCAAGCAACCCCACCCAAUUUUAAAUUGUAAGGAGGAGCAGAUGAAUGGAAACCAGCAAGACUUUGAGGAUUCUGAUCAGCCUCCGAGUCUAACCCCAAUGGACUCGUUUGAGCUCGAUAUCCCGGAGCCGUCUUCUUCAUUGAGCUCCACGGGAAACGCUCCACAGCUUUCUGCAUUCUUCCAUGUUCGGGAUCCAUCUGGAAAUGGAAACCUCAAUUUGGAAGAUCAUCAAGCUGUUGAAGAGGAAGACCCUGAUUGGGCGGCGGGUCGGGCUCGAACCAUUGCUAAUCAGGAACGCAUUCGGCAGAGAAAAGCGGAAAGAGCGAGGCGAGAGAUGGAAGAAAUGGAGAGACGUGAGAGAGAGGAUGUUGAUGAAACUCUGCCGUCAUGUUCGGAGGAGCCACAGUUUGACCCAGCGAGCCCUGAAGAAGAAAUGAUGGAAAGAGUACCUCCGUCCACUUCAAGCUCUUCUUCGUUGGCUCUUGUUCUCCAGGCGCCCUCAGAAUCUUCCCACCAGGAUGAAGGAGAAGAAUCUGAUGGAGCGGAAACGCUACAUUUUGAUGAUUUUGAAGAUGAGGACGAUGACGAGCAGCCAAUACGCAAUGUUCGAAGCGUGGUGGAACAAACAACUCAAAUGAUAAGAAAUAUUGAGAUCUCAGAGAGGGAGAGAGAACGCUAUGCUCCAAUUGACGUGAUCCAAUAUGAAGAGGAAGAAGAAUUUGUAGAUCCCGGAAUCGAUCAUGAAGAAGACAUGAUGGAAGGAGAAGAUCCUGAGGAAGGGCAUGCUGAUACGCCAAGCGCUUCAUCCCAUUCAGAGUUCACUCCAACUUCUCAUCAAUCAUCAGCUCAACAGAACGGUACGACUGAAAUUCACAUGAGCCAUCAGGAAGAAGAGGAGCAAGAUGAUGAGAGAGAUGCAGAUUCCGAGGAAGAGCAUGACAAUCAGUCUGAUGAAACUACGUUGAGCGCAUUCAAUUCAGAGUUUACUCCAGCUGCUCACCAGUCUCCGGCUCAAAAGAUCAACCUGGAUGGUAUUGAAAUGAGCUAUCAGGCGGUUGAAAUGGAGCAAAAGCAGCAUGAUGAGAGUGAUGAAGCUGGAGGGGCUCAAACGUCGGAAGCAGAUCGGUCAAGCUUAGAUCCUCUGACGGCUCCAAUUGAUAAUCCAGCCUAUUCAGUGAUUGGUCUGUCAGACCCUAAAUCUCCAGCUCAACAGAAUCACCUGACUGAUAUUGACAUGGACAACCAGGAGGAUGAGAUGGAUCAGGAGAAGAAGAGUGUCCCAGAAUCUGACUCAACUAGCUCGCCGGUCAUCAAAACACCAACUUCCUCUGACUCCUCAGUUCAACAAAUGCUCGAUGAAGCAACUGAGGUGAUGGAAGGUGCCGAGAAAGGAGCUGAUAGUCUAAUGAAUCUUGGUAAGGAGCAUGUUGAUGAGAGAGAAGAAAGCUUUGAACCUCUAACGGGUACAAUUGCAGAUCCACUCGUACUAUUGCUCAAUCUGCCGGAAAGCUGCACAACCAUGGUCGAGGAAGUCGAUCCGUCGAUUCCACAUUGUUCAACACCUCCCAUUGCUGAUUCAGUUCCAGAACUCGAACAGGACUCGACUCUUAUGAGCCAAGAAGCUGAUGGAACAAGUGCCGAUAAGCAUGUUACUGGUGACAUGGCCUGCGACCAAGUGCUGGAUGUAGAAGAGGCUCAAGUCGUGGCAGAACUAAUGGAGCAAGAUAAAGAGCACAGAGAAGAGAGUUCUCCAGAAAAUUAUCAAGAAGAGACGUUGUCUUCUCCACAAAGUCAUAUCAACCCUCCAGCUCAAACUUCCUCGGAUGAUGAUGUCAUUGAUAACUCAAUUGUUCAGGUUGAAGAGCCAUCUACUUCUCCAUUCGAACAAGACUGUGCUGUUAUGAAUCAAGAAAGUGGCAAUAAUGCUUCAAUAGAUAAAGAUCAAGAUAUGGAUGAGCCUCCAGUCAUCAUAGAAGCAAUGGAAGAAGAUAGGGAUCACAAAGGUGAUAGUGCUUCUGAAAGCAAUCAAGAGACUCCAGAAAAUGUUCCGAUGCAAGAUGUUACUUCUGAUCUCGGCGACGAUGAAAUGAUAAAUGACCAAGUGAUGAAUGAAGAAGUGAUUAAGGAGUCUCCAGUCAUCGCAGAAGAUAUGGAUCGACAGCAUGUAGAUGAGAGCAAUCCAGCCCAAUCUGCUUCAACCGACAAAGUCAUUGAGGAACCAUGUGUUCAGGAACUGACAAAAUCUUCUACAAUAGCUGAUUCUGUUGAACCAAUACACGACAGUGACUCUGGUCCUGAAUGCCCAGAAACAAUGGCACCCAAUGGACAUAAUGGAGAAGAGAGCUCUCCGAACACUAUUCGAGAACCAGAUGUUUACGAACCGUCAACAUCUUCCACAGUCAACGAUGUGCUGGAUGAAGAGGUGCUGGAGCCAGAGGUUGUUGAGCAUCCAGUCGUUGUUGAAGAUAUGGAGCCCAAUAGAGAGCAACAUAUGCCACCAAUCCCUCCACAAAUUACACCUCUAAACGUAUCAAGGGAAAAAAGAGAUUCAAUCCUCAAGGAGUUAUUAGAAGAAAUGAAACAGAGAAAAGAUAUACUGAAGAAACUCGCGGAGACAAGAGAAGGAAGUUGUCAGGAAAAUGCGACACCUUCGAGGUCAUCUGGAAUUGCUCCAGAAAACUGUUCUUCACAGUCUGGGGGAUCUUCUUCCUCCAGCUCUGUGAUGAGCCUUCAAGAUCGUGAAUCGCAAUCAUCGAUGGAAGCAGAAUCCGAGAAAAUGGAAGUUCUUGAAGCUGGUGGAGAGAAAGCUGACAAUGAGAACGAUGAAAAGGUCGUCCUGCCAGAAGAAGAAGUUCCAGUUCAGAUUCUUCUAGGAGAUGCUCCAGAACACUCAAUGACCCCGAUACCAGUUCUCCAGCAAAGCCUUGCUCCAGAACUACCGAUGGGAUCUGUAGCAGUAGAGGAAAUUGAAGUUUUGAAAACUGAUGUAGCAGUAGCUAGAGGAUCUUCCUCUGAGAUGAUCCUUCAAGAGCCCAUUCAUCUCUCAGCGCCAAUUCUUGUUUCUGCAGCAGAGUUGAUGGAAGUUGUAGAAACUGAGGAACCAGAAGAUGCUUCUGAAAAUCCACCAAUUCAUUCACCGAUCUACAUUCAAGACCUUGCUCUAUCAAUGGAAGCGGCUGAAAAGGAAAUGGAAGUUGUAGAAGCUGAUGGAGGGAAAGCUGACAAUGAGCCUGAUGAUGAAGACGAUGAGCGUGAUCCAGAAGCUUCACCUCGAAUUUUUCAAGCAGAUGCUCCAGAAGACCCUAUGACCCCAACAGCAAUCCUCCAUCAAGUACUUGCUCCAGAACUACCGAUGAGAUCUGCAGCAGCAGAGGAAAUUGAAUUUGUAAAAACUGAUGAAGCAGAAGCUGCCGGAUCUUCCUCUGAUAUGAACCUUCAAGAGCCCAUUAAUCUCUUAGCACUCGCUUCUGGUUCUGCAGCAGAGUUGAUGGAAGUUGUGGAAACUGAGGUAGCUGACUAUCAGCCUAAUAAGGAAGUCGUGGAACAAGAACCAGAAGCUUCACAUCCGACUUCUCCAGAAGAUGAUUCUGAAAAUCCACGGAUUCCAACACCGAUCCCUAUUCAAGACUACGCUCUACAACUGUCGAUGGGACCGGCAGCAGAAGAGGUGAUGGUAGCUGAUGGAGAAGAAGCUGGAGGAUCUCCCUCCUUGAGCGCUGUGGAACAUCUUCAAGAACUCAUCCAUCGCUCAGAGACAGUUCCUCUUGAACAUCCUGUGGAGGAGUCGCCAGCAGAAGAAAUGGAAGUUCCAAAAGCUUGUGGUAAAGAGGAUCCCAACGAGGAAGACUUGGUGCCAGACGAAGACGCCCCACUUGAGAUUCUCCAAGGAGUUGCUCCAGGACCAGUCCCCGAUCAAUACCUUGCUCCACAAUCAUUGGAAGCUGAUGGAAAAGAAGCUGCCGGAUCUUCCUCUUCAAGCUUUAUGGAAGAUCUUCUCGAGACUCCAAAUAUCUCAGUGUCAACUUCCCGUUCUCCUGCCGCACAAUCUACUGCACCAGAUGCUCCAGAAGACUCGGGGACCACAGCGCCUCGAGAUUCAGAAGAAAUAAUUGAGGCAGCAGAAGAGGAAAUGGAUGUUGAUAAUGUUGAUGCUGAAGAGGAGCCCAAUGAGGAAGUUGUACUGGAAGAACCAAAAGCUCAACCUCAGGUUCAUCCAGAAGAUGCUCCUGAAAAACCACCGAUGCCAGAGCCAGUUCUCCAAGAAGAUUGUGUUUCACAACCAGCAGAACCGGAGAAAAUGGAAGUUUUGGAGACUAAUAGAAAAGAAUCUGAGAACGGUGCUAUUCAGGAAAUCGUGUUGGAAGAAGCUUUUGAAACACCGCCAAUCCCAAAGCCGUUUGAAUCUGCUACAGGAGAAAUGGAAACUGUGAAAUCUAAUGGGGAAGCAGGCGACUGCUCUUCUUCAUCCAGCUGCAUCGAAGAUCUUCUCGAGUCUCCGAUUUCACCAGCGUCAACUCCUCUUUCUUCUACUGGACCAGCUACAGCACCAGCGGAAGAAAUGGAAAUUGUGGAAGACCAGACUUCUCCGAAAGAUGCUCCAGAAGACCCAACAACAACUGCGCCAGUUCGACAUCAAGAUUCAGAAGAAAUGAUUGAAGCAGCAGAAGAGCCAAUGAGAGUUGUGGAAGCUGCUGAACAUCAUGAGAGUUCUUCUUCCUCCUGGAGAUCAGCGGAAGAUCUUCAAGAGCCGUCGCCUAUCCUAGCUCUAGAGCCGCAUUCUGUAACUCAACAAGCUGAAGGACUAGCAGAAGAAAUGGAAAUUAUGGAUAAAGAUGAAGAGCAAGAACCAGAAACUACACCUCAGAUUUCUCAAGAUGCUCCUGAAAGCCCACCGAUUUCUACACCCGAAGUGAUGGAAGCUGAGAAAGCAGAUGGAGAAGAAGAUGAUCAAGGCCAUCAUGAGGAUUCUUCUUCCUUUUCAAAAUCUUUGGAAGAUCAUCAAGAGACUUCGCCUCGUGCUGAAGAUGUUAUUCCACCAAAGAAAAUGGAAGCUGUAGAAGCUGAUGGUGAAGAGGAGCCCAAUAAGGAAGUCGUACAGAAAGAACCAUCACAACCAUGGACAGAAGCUGCAGAAGACGAAAUAAAAGUUCAAGAAGCUGAUGAUGAAAAAGGUCACUGCUCUUCCUCUUCCAGUUCCAUGAAAGAUCCUCUAGAUCCUCCGAUUGCUCCAGCAUCGCUUUCCCGUUCUCCAGCUGAACAAGCUGCCGGAAAUAUGGAAACUGUGGAAGAUGAUGAAAUCGUGCUACAAAAAUCAGAAGCUUCGCCGCAUACUCCUUCAGAAACUUCUUCUGAAUCCACAACGACCCCAGUUGUGGAAGCUGGAGAACAUCAUGAUUACUCUUCUUCCUCUUCAAGAUCUGUGGAAGAUCUUCAAGAGCCUUCGUCUAUUCUAAAAGAAGGACAGAAGAUAAUCGUGGAUGCUCAAGAACAUGUUGUUGAUCCAUCUCCGAACUCAUCAACACAAAUCCUCCAUGAAGAUCAUGAAGCGCCUGGUCCAGAAGUCGUGAAUCAAAACGAAGCUAUAUCUCAGAUUUCAUCGGAAGAUAAUCCAGAAACCCCACCAACUCCAACAGGAGUCCCUCCACAAGAUCAUGCUUCACAACCAUCGGUGGAAGCAGCAGAAGCAGAAGAGGAAACGGAAGCUGAUGGAAAAGAAACUGGCGGAUCUUCAUCUUCCAGUUCUAUGGAAAGUAUUCAAAAGCCUCCGCAUAUCCCAGAACCAGCUCCCCGUUCUCCUGAUGAGGAAGUUAUAGCACCAGAACAAAUGAAAGUUCUGGAAGCUGAUGGAGGAGAGGUGCCCAAUGAGGAAGUCGAACGGAAAGAAUCAGAAGUUUCCCCUCAGGAUCAUCCGAAAGACGCUCCAGAAGGCCCACCGACCCCAACAUCAACUGGAGAAGGUGAUGCAUGUCAAGAACACCAUGAUUGUUCUUCUUCUUCUUCAAGGUCUGUGGAUGAGCUUAUGGAUAUCCUAGCACAAGCGCCCGGUUCUCUAGUUCAACAAGCUGAAGCCGAUGGAGAAGAAGAUGAGCCUCAUGAGGAAGUCGUUGCUGAACAAGAAGAGAUUGAAGGUGAAGCAGCAGUGGAAGAAGAAUUGGAGAAGAAUGACGUUGUGGAAGCCGGUGCUCAGCUGAAUGUCGAGCAAGAAGCGGACAAUGAAGCUGGAAGAGCGGUAGAAGAAGGCCACGAGAUGAUCGUUGAAGCUGAUGACGUGGGUGUUCCUUCUGAGAAUGUUAUUGCUCCAUCUCCGAGCUCCCCGGAAUGUGAUCCACCCUCAGCCCAACGCGCUCUACAAUUCCAAGCAGAGAUCAUGAGGACACUGCAAGGUGAAGCCCCGUCUCGAAGCUCUCUGGAAAAUGAUCCAGAACCUUCACCAACCAUGCAACAAUAUCCCAACGCUUCUCGUGUCAGACAAGCCCUACUAGACGCAGCAACUAAAAUAGAAGUUGAGGUAGAGGAAAGGAAUGCUCAGAACGGUGUUCAAGUUGAAAAGAUGAUGGUAGAAAAUCUAGAAGAACUUCCCCAAGACAAUGGACUUGAAGAUAUUGAGCCUCCGAGCAUCCCGGAAAGUUCCUCGACAUAUCCAACUACUCCAUCACCGUCCAUGGAAGCUGAUGACUCAGAGGAGGAACUCUUCCCCGACCCAACUGAACCUUUCGAUGAGGAUAAUCCAGACGAAGUUCUAGAUUCCUCUUCUCCGGAGCUUCCCGAAACAAAAGAGUCUAUGUCGAAAAGUGUUAAAAAGCAGUCUGAUGGUCAUGAUGGACCCUGGUAUCAAAUGACCGCCCGCAGGCGUCUAGGCAGACCUCGAGGUUAUUUGGGAGUGUAUCCAGAACGUCGCCCACCCCGGGAUGCAGUUCAAAUUCUGACUACAUAUAAGAGAAAGAUGGAAGAAACAGACGACGAGGGUCCCAGCACAUCAUGUCAUCGUCCAAUCAAGCAGGAACUUUUCGAGGAGGAUCCGAACCCCGCGACUCCGAAAAGUCAGCGUGGUAAAACUACGAGCCGUGGACGUCGUGAAUCAGAGGAAGCGGAUCCCCCAUAUUCACCAGGUGGCUCUCAGUCCAAAGGCGCUCCAUCGCAUCCGCCUGAGCUCUUUCAUGAGCCACCUUCGUGGAAUCUUAGACCUCGUCGAGUUAGAGGGGAAGAUGGUCCAGGCACCUCUGGAACUUCAAACUUGAGCCACCUACUAUCAAUUUCCGCUCCUUUCAGUGCUCGUGCUAUCAAACAAGAACUUGACGAGAUGGUGGACCCUUCUAUUCCUACCAAUCAAACGAAAAGUCGACGUGGUCAAAAUGGAGUAGGUGGUCAAAGCCGGAAAAGACAAAGAAGCGACCAACGGGAUUCUGCGCCAAGACAUCUCCCACCUACCCCAUCUGCUCCAAUGUCAUCUCAUCAGCUUGAUCAGCAGCCGUCUUCCAGCACUUCUGCUCCUGGUCAUGCUCCGACACCUGCUGUCCCGCAGAGCCAUGCUGCUCCAGGUCAACCAAGCUCAUCUGUUCCAGCAAUAAAGCAGGAGCUUGACGAGGUGGUGGACGAUGGUCAAACUACGAGUCGAAAAAGACAACGAGCCAACCAAGAGGAUUCCGCCCUGAUAAAUCUUCCACCUACUCCAUCUGCUUCAAUCCCAUCAAAUCAUCAUCAUAUCCCAGAUCGUCAACUUGCUCCGACACCUGCUCUCCCGCAGAACCCUCUUGCUCCAGCUCCGUCACAUCACACACCGCCAUCAAGCAGACGUCGUUCAGACAGAGAGGAGACGGAUGGUCCAAGCACAUCAGCUCUCCCACAAAACCCAGCUGCCCACUUGGCUCCAAGUUCAGCUCCUUCUCUUUCACCUCAAGAUCCAUUAGCAUCGCCUCAUCAUCCUGAACACAAUCAGCAGUCGCCUUUAAGAGCCCUUACAACUCCAGCUCCUUCAUCAGUUUCUACUCCUCGCACACCGCAAUCGCCCUACCAACAUUCUCCAGCUGCUCCGAUAAUUGCUCUCCUACAGAACAAAUAUGUUUAUCGGGCUCCAGUUCCUUCGCAUCACUCUACUUCUCUUCAAGCCGGAUACCUUCAUGCACCAGAUCAUUCACCUCUUUCCCAACACAUCCCAGUUGGCAAUUUUGCACCUUCUUCACACCACAGUGCUGCCUCACAUCACCAGCAGCCUCAGGAUUCCGCGCCAGGUGGAUCUCGUGCUCAUGCUGCACCGAGAAACCUCCGAGCUACUCCAUCUGCUCCAAUUCCAUCGAAUCAUCAUCAGCACAAUCAGCAGCCGUCUUCCCGAAAUCAUCGACCUCUUCAAGCCGGACCCCCUCCUUCUUCAGCUCCUGCACCUUUUCCCCAACUCUCUCCAGCUCCUCCGAUAGCAGCCUUCCCACAGAGCCCGUUUGCUCACCAUGCUUCAGCUCUUCCGCCUUCUUCACAGCACAGUGCUUCUCUUCAACCCGGACCAAGCCAUAUUCCAGCACCUCUUCCUCAACACGCUCCGACACCUGGUCUCCCAUAUAGCCCAGUUCCUCAUCUCUCUCCAGGUCAGCUGAGUUCAGCUCCUUCCACUUCUCAGCAGAACUUUGCCCCACAUCCCCAGCCGUCUUCAAGCAAUGUCACAUCUCGUCAAGCCGGAAUCCCCAAUGCCCAACUUAUCCCGGUUGCUCACUAUAGUCCGCUAGUUGCUUUCCCACAGAGCCCACUCGUUCAAGCUCCAUCUCCUUCCCCGAGUCCGCAGGCUCCACAUUAUAGUCCGCAUGGUCUAUAUCAUGGUCAAGUCAUGUCUCCUCACCCUAAUGGUCCUCACCAAGCUCUUUCCCCGUUAGUAGGACCAAUACUGGCACCUCGUACUCCACGUACACCGCAUUCGCCCUACGCUCAUCCCAACCGGUCUCCAGCCAUCAAUGUAGCUCCGAUACCUUCACCAAAUGUUGCUCGUCCACCACUUCCAAUGUGUGAUGAGACUCGAAUGGUUCGAGAUAGGAUCAUGAGAGAGGAGCAGAUUGCUCAGAACGCGGCACCUCCAGUUGGCAACCCUCAAGAACGGCGUCCGUCAGCAACGGAUGAGCUGCUGGAUUGGUAUAUCACAGAUGAGCGCUUACGCGAAGCCCGAACUGAAGCAGAUAAUGUCAUCGCAAAUCGUAUCAAUGCGUUGUCAAUGUUUGAAGGUUAG